UAGUUAGGUCUAACGUUAGUCAAAAUGGCGAGCCUCAUGUAGGGGUCGAGUGUGAUUAUCUGUGACAUUUUCAUCACUUUUAGGGAGUUAAUUUUGUUCCUGUGCAGCUUUCCUAACAAACAUGUUCGCAAACAUAGCUCUGCGAACUGUUUUGAAAUCGUCGGCUGGUGUUUUGCGAGAAGGCGGCGCUCUGUGCUCUGCUUUGUCCGCGAAACCCUCGACAUGCAGCUCGGCUUCAUUGUCAGGACUGAGAGUCAGCUGUGGUAAGUUUGCAGGAGGCUUUGCUCUUCCACCACCAGUUAGACAUUAUGCUCGGGCUGCAAAGAAAAAGAAGACGGGCCCCGAGAGCCAGCUCAGUGAUCUUCCACCAACAAUGCUGAAGAUGGAUUAUGCAGCUGUACCCCUCGCUCAAAUGAGUGAUGAUCUCGUCAAAAGACUUCUUUCGCUGGAGUUAGCGAGUCAUAGUGAAAAGCUACAGCUGAAAAAGGAACAGCUCAUUGCAAAAGUCCAGAAGGAUGAGAAUGACCGCAGCUCAGUGGAAGUUCAGGUGGCAAUUUUGACUGCAAGAAUCCGAAACUAUCAGGAGCACUUGCAGAAACAUCACAAGGACAAAGCUAACAAGAGGCGGAUGCUCAUGGCCAUUGACCGAAGGAAAAAGCUUUUGAAACACCUUAGGUUGGUUCGCUAUGAUGCCUUUGAGAAAGUGUGUGAGCAGCUGGGCAUCACUUACACCUUCCCUCCAGAGUACUACAGACGGGCCACUCGCCGCUGGCUAGCCAAGAAGGCCUUCUGCAUUAAGGUCUUCAACGAAGUGCAAAAGCAGAAAGCAGAGCAGAGGCUGAAGAUGAAGCAAAGUUUAGCCUCCGCAAACACAGAGGCAGCCAAGACAAAAGCUGUUGACACCCAAUGAAAGACAAUAAUAAUGUAUAUUACAACAUGGCAUGUGCAUAAACAACAUGUAUUGCCAUCAUACAAUAUUUGCUUUUGCUUUCAAGUUGAUGUCAGAAUUUAAUGGAAAUAAAAUGCACCAGAAAGUUGUACCCAAA